AAAUUUUUGGUUUUUUUUUUCUGGGAAAGUGAAGGAGUGACGUGGGAAACUCUCUGUUAAAAACCCAAAACCAUAAACAAUUAUUAAAGUAAUAAAAAAUAGAGAAUUAGUUUGGUUUGCUUAGCCAUUAAUAACAGAUAGCUUUGGAGUGUGGAAUUUGAAUAUUUCCCCCCCAUAAUUACUUGUUUACAACUCACUCAUAUCUUAAUUAAUUUACAUAUCCCGCUUCUCUCUUAUUUAUUAAACCAAAUUCUUUCACUUUCCACUCUUCUAUUGCUUAAAAGAAAAACCUUUAAAAAACCACCCCAGACCUUCAUCUUCUCUCUUUCAUUCAAAAAUCUUUGUGAAGAUUGAUGAAAGUUCAUGUUUUUGAAUCUCAGAGAAGAAAUUAAGAGUAGCUCUCAAUUGCCAUAUGUUGUAUGGUUGGAGAUAUCAUAAUCCGAGGCUAACCGAUGAUAAAACAUGAAACUCGAUAAUGAACAAGUGGUUCGCCUUUCAACUAUAGGAUAUAAUAGUGACUCGAAGCCUUGUUCCUUCCUAGCUGACACUAAAUCUUUUGAGAACAAAGAAAAGCCUUUGGAUUCCACCGGACUGAGCGCAGAUGAAAUUGUGAAGGACAAUCGGAAUGGAACCGUGCAUGAUGAAAAGGGUGAUGAAUUGACAGCAUCGGAACUCGACUGUUUUAACAGUGCACAUGACUUUGCCAAUGGUAAUGAAAAGGAGGUCAGAGAUUUUGUGACAUCGAAUUCUCAUUCUUUAAAGAAUACGGAUUCGUUUCAGGACUCGUUUUUUUAUUUUGACAGAAGUGUAAUGGAAUGUCAAUUGCCUGAAUUGGUAGUUUGUUAUAAAGAGAGUACAUAUCAUGUUGUCAAGGACAUUUGUAUUGAUGAAGGAGUUCCGACACAAGGUAAGUUCAUGUUUGACACUGGUGUGGAUGAGAAGAGUGGCUGCUACUUUCCGCAAUCCGAAAACGAUCAAGAUAGUAAACUGAUGAAAGAGUGGUCGGAGAUUGAUAUGCCUAUGCAAGAUGAUUCCUUCUCUCCGGAAGGAAAUCAUUCUGGGAAGGACAUCGACAAUGAUUGUGGCUCUAAUAAAAAGCAGGAUAGCGAUACACGUAUGCAAGAUGUUCCCGUAUCUCUUGAAGAAAAUGAGUCUAACAAGGGGAUUCCGAAUCAGUGUGAUUCUAAGGAUUUGAUGAUGACAACGGAAAUGAAGGACGAUGAGAUAAAAGUGAUCACGGAUGAUGUCUCCAAAGAGUUGUUUACCGUAGGAGAUGUACUUUCGAUGCCUGAUUCAACCACGGUGAAAUCCGAAGCCAUGUCUACAAAUCUUGGAAGUGAUGGAAUGGAACAACAGUCCUUCAAGAACGCAAGUAAAAACGAAGUCAUAGUUGUUUCUGCGGUAAACGAAUUGAACAAUCCAAGUGAAGAGGAAAUUCUUUCAGCUCCUACUUUGGUCUCUAGUGUCGAAGAAUCCGACAGUGGGAAAGGGGAAGCUUUUCCGAUCAGUCCUGCUCGAGCCUCUGCAUCAGAGGAAGAAACCAACAGCAGCCUUGUCAAGCAAGUAUCAGAUGAUAGCAAACUGGAAACUGGAACCAUCACAUCUGACUCCGGUUCUUCUGCACCAACAACCGGCAAAGAUGAUCGUGAACCUCUCAAGCAAGUAUCAGAUGAUAGCAAACUGGAAACUGGAACCAUCACAUCUGACUCCGGUUCUUCUGCGCCAACCACCAGCAAAGAUGAUCGUGAACUUCUCAAGACCGGGAGAACUCCCGAAGAUGAAACUGAUUCACCUUUUUCAAACUGUGUUCAACACGGAUACGGAGAGUCUAGUUUCUCUGCAGCAGGGCCUGUAACAGGUCUAAUAAGUUACUCCGGACCGAUAGCAUAUUCAGGCAACCUCUCCCAUAGAUCGGAUAGCAGCACGACAAGCACUCGCUCUUUUGCCUUCCCUCUAUUGCAGUCGGAAUGGAAUAGCAGUCCAGUACGAAUGGCAAAAGCUGACCGGAGACAAUAUCGGAAGCAUUGCGGUUGGAGGCAUAGCUUUCUUUGCUGUAAAUUCUGAAAAA